UUCUACCCAAAGGCAUUCCAUCUAAUAGGAAGACUGAGAGUGUAACAGUUAAUCCAAGAUCUUGACUGGUAGACCCUGCAGCUGGGUCCUAACCACGGCUGCGCGAGGCCCCGGGUGUUGCCAGGUAACCGAGGCAAGCGGUCCAGCCGGGUUCCGACCUUUGGUCAGCUUCCACUACACCGGGGUGAAGACCUGGCCACAGGAGCCUGCGAGCCAGGGCGCCCGGGCCCGCGGGUCAGUAGGGCAGUUAGGAGGCCCAGGAACAUUCUUGGUCCAACUGAAGGACUGUCUCCUGUGCCGCCAUGAAGAAGAUUUUCACCUUAUGGCGGAGGAAGGUUGAGCCCCACAGUUCCUGCUACAACUUUCGAAAUAAGGAUUUAAAGAAACUUCACAAAGCUGCCUCAGUUGGGGAUUUGGAGAAGCUGAAGCAGUACCUUCAGCUCAAGAAACAUGACGUGAACAUGCUGGACCGAGAACACAGAACACCUUUGCACCUGGCCUGUGCUAAUGGAAAUUCAAAUAUUGUCUCGCUCUUAAUUGAGAAACAAUGCAAAGAAAGUGUCUGGAAUGGUGCAAACAGAUCUCCAUCGACUAAGGCAGUGCAGCGUGACAAGGAGAGCUGUGCUGCUAUUCUUCUGGAGCACAGUGCAGACCCAAACCUGGUGGAUUUAGAUGGCAAUACUGCUCUUCACUACGCUGCCUGUCAUCCAAGUAUCUCAUUAGUUGAAAAAUUGCUCGAACACAAAGCUAACCUUGAAGCUCAAAAUAAGGAUGGGUAUACUCCACUUUUACUUGCCAUUACUGAAAAUAAUGCAGAAAUGGUAGAAUUUCUUCUGAAGAGAGGGGCAGAUGUGAAUGCUUCAGAUAAAAAUCAAAGAACAGCCCUUAUGAUUGCUCUUAGCGAUGAACCAUCGAGUUUAGUCAGUCUUCUUCUUCAGCAAGAAGUGGACCUAUCCCGCCAAGAUAUUUAUGGAUUCACAGCUGAGGAAUAUGCUUCCUUCAAUGGUUUUACCAGGUAA